CUCGCCGCGAGGCUCGCUUUACAACCCCCAUCUAUAUUCUGCAGUAUGGCACCCAAAGGAGGAAACGCUAAGAAGGAGUCAGGCAAGGCAAAGAAGGCCGAUAACGAGGCCAAGAAGGCAGCAGCCGCAGACGCAGAAAGGGAAAGACAAGAGGCAUCUAAGUGGCAGGACGGUGGGAAGGCUAGCAAAUCUUCCAAGGAGGAGAAGGAGGAGAAGCGGCGCGCCGAGCUCGCCCGCAAAGCUGAAACUGCCCGCCUCCUGGCUGAGGAGGAGGCGUCUGCCCCGUCUAAGCCCAAGCCCGCCCCGAAGGCGGGCGCGAAGAAAGCAGCGGCGAAGAACGUCAAGCCCGCCGGUCCUGGCGCCAUCGCUGCGGGCGGCGGCCUUGGAUCGGAGUCGCCCAAGGAGAAGGAGGAGAGACCGGAGGAGCCGCAAGAAUUUGCUGCGACUGGCAUUGACAAUGCCAUCGAUCUUCUUGAGGUAGUUACGGCGAAGAUGGACAAGGCUAGUGUCGGCACGCAGGCUGCUGGGCUGGAGAGACACCCAGAGCGACGAUUCAAGGCUGCGUUCGAGGCUUACAAAGAACGCGAAUUGCCAAACCUCCGAGCUGAGCACCCUGGUUUGCGAAUGCAGCAGUACCAGGAGCUUCUAUACAAGCAGUUCCAGAAAUCCCCUGAGAAUCCGUUCAACCAAGUUACGGUUUCAUACGAUGCCUCUAAGGAGGAGAAGGUCGAUGCGCUUCAGAAGAAGAAUGCUGCUGUCGCAGAAAGGCUCCGGGCUUGAACUUGUGGCUGUGUCGAGGGACACCUGGCUGCGCGAGCUCUCUGGCCCUCCUACUCAGUUAGGCCAGGGCCCGUGCUUGCCGAGCGAGGCGAUGGCCGUGUUCACAUGUUGCUGUGUGGGUGAGAAUCUGAUUCGUCGCUGUAUGAAAUGUUUGACCACAUGGACGUUUGCCGAUGUAGGAUAGAUCGUAGCAUCCUGUACAAGUGAAGUGUAUUGACAAUGCCAAGGCACUAAUGCCGCCAUGUUAAGCGG